AUGGCCAAUCUCACCAUAGUAACAGGAUUCCUCCUCAAAGAUUUUUCUGACAUCUGGGAGCUACAAAUCUUACAUGCCAUGCUCUUCUUGCUGAUCUAUCUGGUGACUCUGAUUGGGAACUUCCUCAUCUUCACCAUCAUCUCUCUUGAUAGGAAACUCCAUACUCCUAUGUACUUCUUCCUAAAGAAUCUGUCCUUUUUAGAUCUUUGUCUUAUUUCCAUCACAGUGCCCAAAUCAAUUGCAAACUCUCUCAGUCACAACUGUUCCAUCUCUUUCUUGGGGUGUGUAUCGCAACUAUUUUUAAUGAUAUUGUUUGCUAUAACAGAACUUUUUCUCCUAACAGCAAUGUCCUAUGACCGCUAUGUAGCCAUCUGUCAGCCCUUAAACUAUGAAGUCAUCAUGAACAGUGAAACCUGUGUAAAGAUGGCAGCCACUUCCUGGCUCAGUGGAGUCUUGUUUGGAGUCCUCUACUCAGCUAGUAUAUUCACUUUGCCAUUCUGUCACUCCAAGGAGAUCCAUCAGUUCUUCUGUGAUGUUCCUUCUUUACUCAGGAUUUCCUGUUCAGAUUCACACCUUGCAGUUGACAUCACUAUAAGUUUAGCAUUUUCUUUAGCGGUUCUCUCCUCUAUUUACAUUAUAAUCUCUUAUAGUUACAUCUUCUCUACUGUCUUGAAGAUUCCAACCACAGAAGGUAGGUCAAAAGCCUUCUCCACUUGCCUGCCCCACCUCAUUGUUCUCAUAGUAUUUGUCACAACUGGUUCUAUUUCUUAUCUAAAGCCAUCCCAAGAUUCUGACUCAAUUCUAGAGCUAUUGUUGGCUAUGUUCUAUACAGUGGUGCCCCCAACCUUGAACCCUGUCAUCUAUAGCCUGAAGAAUAAGGACAUGAAGACUGCUCUAAGAAAGUUCAUAACCUGGAAAUAUUUCUCAAAGGGAUUAAUACUAAAGUCUUUUCCAUAA